AUCCAUAUCCAUUCUUCACCUUCGUCUUCAUCUUCACCUUUUGUCUGCAAUUUCUGAGAGAAGAGAGAGAGAGAGAGAGAAACACACACAGACACAUAUGGGGAAUUGCCAAGCUGUGGAUGCAGCAGCGCUAGUGAUUCAGCAUCCAUGUGGGAAGAUGGAGAGAUUGUACAGUCCAGUGACUGCAAGCGAGGUGAUGAGGAUGAAUCCUGGUCAUUAUGUGUCUUUGAUAAUCCCACUUCAAGUUCAACAAGAACAACGGAAUCAAGACCAGAACACUGUGCGUAUCACCCAGGUUAAGCUCCUUCGUCCUAAUGAAACUCUCACUCUUGGCCAUGCUUAUAGGCUCAUCACUACUCAAGAGGUUGUAAACGUACUGAGAGCAAAGAAACAUGCAAAGACAAGGAAGCCACCACAGGCAGAAUCAUCAGUACGGGAAGGAGAGAAUUCUCACACAGGAAAGCAAUAUCAGGCAAUGAGGGGAGAAAGACAGAAGGUAAGGACGAUUCUGGGGUGCAGUGAGGUAUAA